AUGAAGGCCUUGCUCUUUCUGUGUGUGAGCGCAGCUCUCAUCCAAGUGGCCGUCUUACACGAUGGUUACCUUAAAAUGAAAGUUAACAAUCAUUACCCACCUCUGAAUUCCCAAGACUACAUAUAUAUGAUUGCAGCAUUCAAGACCGAAGCUUUGGGUGGCCUAUUUGAAGCUCUUGAAGACCCUGACAGCAGUCUGCGCCCCACCAAAGACACAACCAUAUUCGUCCACAAAAACUGGCAUCAUGAAAACCCAAAUAUGCCGACGGUGUCCAAAGAUUUUGCCUCCCCGGAUUCGGCCAUGAACAGUGUGAACACCUUUGUGAAAGAUAAAACUAGCGGAAAAAUUCUCAAUUUAGUGACAAAUAUUAAUGAAGACACCGUGUCGGUUAUUGUUAAUACCAACAACGCCUUGAAAGUGCCAUCUGCAGGUGGAACUGGCUGGUCAAAGAAGUUGGAUGGACAGUACAAGAUGGUGGAGAAUAAAGACCUGGGAGUCACUCUCAUAGAAAUGCCAUACAGUCCCUAUCUAUCCAUCCUGCUUGCUAUACCUUCUCCAGGAAGAGCAGAUGAUGUGGGCAAGAGCCUCACCCCACCAACCAUCGAGGCUCUGAGGAAAUCCAUGACUCUCCAGCAAGUACGUGUGGACGUUCCCAGAGCCACACUUUAUGCUGCAUCCUUCAUGGCUGUGGACAUAGUCACUUUUGAUGGUCAGGAGCUUGUGAGAACCAAGUACGGCUAUAAAUUGUCAGCUCAGUUCCCAUAG